AUGGACCUAACUCCCUUUUGUAUUAAAAAUGUUGAAAUUUUUUUAGAAAUUUUUUCAGAAAAGUUAAUUUUAUUUAUAGAAGGACAAAUAAUACAACUUGAUAGUCAAAUUGAUGAGCAUUGGUUUGAAGGUACAUUAGAUGGAAGGAGUGGAUUUUUUCCAAUCACUUAUGUCGAGGUUUGUUUGUUUUAUUUUGACACGCAUUUCUUGGGAGGAUUUUUUGCUUGUCCAGAUUACUCAUCCUAUCAGCCUUCCAAUAAAGUUUAAGCGUCAAUGACUGGUUCAUGCGUCUAAACAAAUUUUUAUGAGUCCAAUCACGUUUUCAUGCAAGCAAUCUACGCGAUAAGUACUCGGUUUUGUUUGUUAGAAACUAUGGCCCGAUAUCGUGCGUAAUUCAGUGUAAGUAGAGCUUUUUAUUCGCCUGGAUUUUAUGAUACUAAAGUGAAGAACCGGGUACUUCACUUUAGUCCCUUGUCAGCUUGACCAGAGUAUCUUUUCCUAUUUUUUAGGUUAUUGUGCCGAUUCCUGAAUAUCGACAUUGAUUGGACGCAUAAAAAUUUGUUUUUUACGGAUUUUUUAAUGUUUAGAAUCUUAGUAAGGUUUUCGGGAAGGCUGGGUCUUUCAGUCUUUAAAAAUUAGGAAAGACAAGCUGAUCUACCACGAGUCCGGUUUCUAUCGCAAAGACGUAAAACUUAGAUUUUAAUAGGUAGAGUUAGUGGUUUUAAUUAUAAAAGCUGGGGACUCGUGAUAUAGGCUCGUUUUGGUAUGAUAUUUUGGUUUUGGUAUGAUAGAUUUUGUAAUAUUUAUGAGAAGGGGAAGAAAAGGAAAAUGAUGACAGAUAAACACAUAGACAGUACAAACAUAUUUUUUCCUAUUUUUUAGGUUAUUGUGCCGAUUCCUGAAUCUUCAACUUCUAAAUAAAAAUAGAAUAUUUACUUUAAUUGAGGACAGUAAAAAAUUUUUUCUUUUA